UAUCUUGUCUCACUCACCCGGACUGACCGUCCGCCGUGCCCUGCAUGGACGGCCUGGCCAUCGUCUCUGCCGGCGGGGCCACGCCCGUGUCGCCCGCCAGUCCCACGAACGCCCGUCAUGCUCCCAACGGGCCUCCCAAGAGGAAGCACAGCAGUAUGGCAUUGGAUAGUAGCCCCGGCAGCAAUGUAGGUCAUGACGACGACAAUGGCGAGCCUGAUUCUAAGAAACGCCAGCCCGGCGUCAAACGCGCUUGCAACGAGUGCCGACAACAAAAGCUGCGAUGCGAUGUCGUUCAAGAACCCUUCCAGAGUUGUUCCCGGUGCAAUCGUCUGAAGCUCGAAUGCAAGAUCGAGUCAAACUUUAAGCGUAUCGGCAAGCGCUCGAAGCACGCCGAGAUGGAGAAGGAGAUCGACAGGUUACGGCGCAACAUCGCACGCGCCCAAAGCCAGGGCUACACCGUCGAAGACGACGAUCACGACCUGCAAUCUCCCAUCGCAACGAGCGUGUAUACCCAUACCCGGAACCCCUCCCUCAUGGGUUCUGACGAGGCCGUCUCUUCGCUGUUGCACCUCAAGAGGGGCGGGUCGUACAGCCUACCACGCUACACACACGAACUGGAGAACGUGCGCCUGACUGAAGAGUCAGUGAACCAGCUGUUCAACGAGUUCUUUGCCUACUAUCAUCCUUUCCUCCCCUUUCUCAACCCCCAACAGACACCCGACCAGUAUUUUCAGCAGCACGCCCUACUCUUCUGGUCCAUCAUCUCAGUUGCUGCUCGUCGUUAUAGUGCAGAUCCCACGCUGUUGACCUCGAUAUCAGGGCCUUUGACGCGAUUGUUGUGGUCCACCAUUGGAGACGUGCCCAGCAGCUACUUCGUUGUCAAAGCUCUGUGUCUGCUCUGCACAUGGCCCCUGCCAACAAGCACGACAAGUGCUGACCCAACGCAUAUUCUGUGUGGUGUCAUGAUGAAAGUCGCGACCGGCAUUGGCCUUCACAGGCCUAAUCACAGCCAAGACUUUUCCAGGGUAUCCGUCGAUCUCAACAAAGAGCAACUGCAUGACCGCGUAUCGACUUGGGCUGUCUGCAACGUGGUCGCUCAGACCAUCGGCACUGGCUACGGUCAGCCGGCCUCGACUCUCUAUGAUUGGACCUUGGCCGUUCGUCGAGGCGAAGAUGGGCCCUUUCGAUUGACACCCGAACUGGAGGCUAGACUUCAAAUCGAACGUUUUUGCGACAAAGUCUCAAAGGAGAUGUACAGCAACGCCAGUGAUCCCAGAGGGGUUGCUGGGGACGAGCAUCGAGCCAUGCUGAUGCGGGUGUACCGAAAGGACUUCAACGAACUUCAGGCAGCUAUCCUCUCACAACACCUGGGACCAAUUGUCAACCUUCAUAUGCGAGCUGCCGCCCUUCACCUGCGCUUGGCUGGCUUUUUUGACUCGAGCACAACACCCGGCUACAUCGAUGAUCUGAUGGGGCUUUGGAGAGCCACUACAAGCUUUUUGGACAACAUUCUCGAGGUCGACAAGGUCACAUCGCCCGGACAGAACUCACCUGGGCAAAUCUUGCUAUAUGCCACAAACUACAUCCAGCAGAUGUUGAUAGCGGCGGGGUUUGCUCUGCUCAAGCUCAUGAGGUCGUUCUUUGCGAAGACGAUCGACUUUGACCGUGGUCGCAACCUCUUCCACCAGACGAUCAACGCAAUCCGUGCGACAAGCGUUGUGAAUAACGACCUUCAGUGGCGCUUAGCCGAGCUUAUGGUGCAAAUGUGGAACGGAGCCCGGCUUGACAACAACAGCACGGCAUCAUACGACAAUGACGACUCUCCAUUGCUAAUCGACGACACGUUACAGCUCAAGGUGCGCUGUCGCCAUAGCAUGAGUCUCGUGUUCGACUCUGUGUGGCGGUGGAGAGAAGAGUAUCAAGCCCAAGGUAGAGGCUCGAUUGACGCCAUGAAGCAACCUACUAAUCCAGACUCAGCGAACGAGUCCUCAGCGUCUUCGACCCAUUUGGACAGCACUCUGAUGCCGGCCACGCAAGGGUUGCAAGCGAGCAGCUUGCUCACGACCAAUGGAGCUCUUACCCCGAGCCACUCUGGCGGCGUCGGAAGCCAAGCACCCAACAACAGCAUGCUAAGCGGGAUAAAUUAUGGCGAGACCAACUACGACUUCUUCGACCCCCAACACUGGAUGUUGGAUGGCCUGCUGGACUUUAACUACAACUUUGUGCAGCCCCUUGAGGGCGCAUAGGACCUGCCUGAUGCAAGGCAGGGUCUAUGAAAUCGACGACUCUACCCACUGAAGGCGCAAUGCGGGAGGAAUGCCGACGCAUUUGGGGGCCGGUUUCAGAACUACAGAAGCAUGGCAGACAGUCUGACUUGCAUCCUGCCAGGAAGGGGUGAGUAAACGCCCCUUGGCAGCCGUUGCGUUGGCCCUCUCGUUAGGGUCCGGGGUCCGGGGAUGAGUUACUUGGUGUGCAGCUCUAGGCGAUCCUCUCGUACCCCGUGGUGGGCGACAUUAUAUCCUGCUGCGAAUAUUCUGUUACCCGACCUUAUCAGCCGCGCCAGCGAGAGGACAAAGGCUGUCCAGUUCGCUCCUGCUGUUGUCAUUGGUAUCCCUGAGUGGAAGCUCUCCAAGAAGCGAUUCUCGUUCGUAUACUUUUUCCCCCUUUCCCUUUCCCCCCGUCUACCCUGGUUUCUUAACACGGUUUGUUGAUGACGGUAUAAUCAUGCGUAUAUUCGACCACGAGCUCCACGACAUCAUGAGUCGACACUGGGUUCUUCGGUUUGGGCGGUCGUCUUGUAUGUUUUCAAUUCUUUCUCGGGAGGCUUCUCUGUUUCCGUUUCCUUUGCGGGAUCAUCAAAGCAUUGGCAGUAGCGGGUGCAGGUUUCAUAGGGUAUACAAGUAUACACUGUCUCGAAGGUGCUGUAGUUAGCUGCAGCAUUAUCUGAAUUCACAAUUUUUUAAUUCGAUGACACCUAAAUUGUGUUGUCUCCUGGGAUUGGCAGGUAAAGAGUGACCUGGUCUGUUGAUGACCUGCGCGCCCCUCCCCUUCUACCUGCUGUGCAUGGCGCCGUUGCGUUUCUGAAGUGCAUCGUCCUGAGACAUAUCUGACGAAACAGAUGAUGGCCACAUGUCACGACAUAAGCCAUGACGGCUUGAUCUCCCCCCGCUCGGAAACUUCCCGGACAUGUUGGUGUUGCGGCACGGGAAUCUUUCACGGGACCGGAGCUGAUCAGAGCCGGGCAGUCGAGCGUCGUUUCGGCCGUAAGCCCUGCUCUGCCCCGAAUGAUGGCCAUACAGCAUGAGCAUGCAGGAGAGACAGCAGACGGGCGUGGCUCUGCGCACGAAGUAUAUCACUUUUCGGCGGUCACAUGCAGCCCCUUCUUCCGUUUCGGAGAAGUGAUCUACUCAAGACAACGUCCGCGCAAUCUGUGAUGGGGAACCCCACGGCCGAAACCACUCGACGCCCACGUAGCACGAGGGCAACGUUCGGCAGGCGAUGGGUCGAUUGGCAUAUGCAGCAUCUAGCCCCCCCCCCCCUACAUUGGAAUAUUGCCCAAACAAGAACCC